AUGGCAGACUGGAGAAGUAAACAGAGGAACGGAGCAAAUCUAAGCACGGAGGAGAUGCUGGACACUGAAAACCAGCGCCGUGUCACAGGACUCGCAGACAAAGUGUCGAUACUCCGAGGGCUGGCAUUAGAUAUUGAGAGUGAGUCCAAGGAUUCCAACAGAUAUUUGGAUGGAAUGGCUGGUGACUUCAGCAGCUCGGAGGGUUUGCUGACAGGCAGCAUGAAACGACUCAACAACAUGGUCGGCUCCGGCAAGAACAACCGUCGACUCAUGUGCUAUAUUGUCAUUGGACUUGUAGUCUUGUUUAUUGUCACGUAUUACAUUGUUUCCAGAGUAACUGGUUGA